CGUAGGCUAUGCAUCGGUACUCGAUUGCCCACUUGACGCUCAGUAGGCUAGUCGGUGGAUCUUCGAAGAGGUGCGCUCCAACUCCUCAUUCUACAGAGAGACAAAGGACACCGACUUGAAACUGCGUCGUUCUUGAGAUGGGGAGCUAUACAAAGAUCGUAGGCUGAGUGCACGUCUCUCGCAGUGGGAUAUUUUUGUGGCACGUUUUUCGGGAGAUAGCGCUUGCAUACUUUGGCAACAGACAUUUUUUGUCAGAGGGAAUUAAAACAACUCCAUUGUUUUGUUUUUCGCCGUCAGCUCCAGUGCGUCAUGGUUCCUUAAAAACUUUGGAGCCCUCUGACGAUGUCAACAUUGCAUAGACAGAAGCGGGGCAAUGGCCCACCCGACGUAGUUGAGCGAAAGGGCAGCGGAGAGACCCAUGGCGUUGAAGAAGCCGACUCCCACCCCCAGCGCUUUGGCGACGCUCAGCUGACGGAGGGACACCAGGCCCUAUCUGGACCUACCAUGUCCCAAAUUCCCUGUCCUCACCGAACAGUGUCCAGCUCGUCCAGUGGAUAUGUGUCGUCCGACUCCGUGCCAAGCUCGCCACUAACGCCGCCACCCUAUAGGCCAACCACACAAGUCAUGUCGACACAAACGCCAAGUCCGUCUAGUCAAGCCAUUACUCACGCCGUGCAGCGUUUGUCUGACACGCAACUCAGCCGUCCGAGUGAUGAGCCAUGGUUCUUCCAGCCUUCCCCCGAUAGCGCGUCCCAGCCUGCACCUGCACCUGUGGCGGCGGCGGUGGCGGUGGCAGCGUCCGCAGCGGGUGACAUGCAGCCAGAGGAGAGUGUGGCACGGGAGCUGCGGCGCAUCGGCGAUGAGUUCAACCUCCUCUACUUUCACGAGCCUCAUGACGAGGGGAAUGGCCAGGCCGUCUUGGCACGCCUACGGGACCAGCUCCCCAACGGCCCCGGGGUCAUGCUCUUCAUCGGCCUCCUGAUUGGCCGACUCUUCCAGUACAUCAUGAGGAGGAGAUGACUUGAUUGGACGGAUGGGAAACCCAGCAGACUCCAACUGUAGCACCUGGAAAUGAACUGUGUACAUAUCGUGUAAAUACUGUACAGCUUGCUUGUGUUGACCACUGUGCAUUUGCAUUGCACUCUCUCUCGCUCUUGCUCUUGCCCUGUCUCUCCGUCAAUGAUGCUGUACCACCUGUGGAACUCCGUAAUGACGGGUUUUUGUCUCUGGGUGGAUGACAACCACCUGAACAGCACAGAGACUGCCUAAGGUUGGGAUUUUGCAAGAAAAUGGGAGUAUUUUUCGUUCUUUUUUGCUUUGUUUGUUUUCUCGUUUGUUUCAGUACAUCUACAGUUAAUGGAUAUUUUUACACCUUUUUUCAAAUAAUGAGUUUCCUGCAUGACAUUGAAAAGCUGAGCCGAAAAACGCUGUGGAUUACUUUGGUCGGAGUAGAGCAAGACUCUCCAUGCUGCGCACAGGAUGGUGGAAACAAACAUUCCUUUCUUAUCCUUUCGGUUCUUCCUCGCCUUUUUGUUUGUUUGUUUGUUUGUUUUUCCUUGAGUUCCAUCUAUUUAUUUCUUUAUGUUUUUGUAUUUAAUUUGUACAUUUGUGAAUAGUGUCUUUUCUUUUUUUUUCAUUAUGAAGUGGUCAUUCAGGCAGCAACACAGUAUCUCUUUUUACGUUCCUGCAAUGCCACGCAGCCGGUUAGCCACACCGCCUGGGCAGUCAGGUCCUCUCUCUCUCUCAAAUUGGGCACUUCCGUUUGUGUGCGUGUGUGUGUGUGUGGAUAUUGCAAAAUGAAAUAUGCCACGUUUUUUAUAAUGCAGUUUUAUAUUUGGGAGCCAUAUUGAAUAAUACUGUUUAGCUUUUGUAGUGAAACCAGUCAUGAAAAAAUUAUGAACAGAUUUGCUGAAAAAAAUAGAUAUUAUGGUUGUGGUCUCGCCCUUCCCUUGCUUUGUGGUAGACCAAGACAUCAAUCACCACUUAAGCAACUUUUGGCAAGCACAGCCUUUAAGAUGCAUGCUCAUUUUCUAGCACAACGUUAUUGUAACCGAGGGUAGGUUCUCCAUUUUAAGGCCAUGUCAUGUAAAGGUGAUCUAUGUAACUUCUGGGAGGAAUGAUUUAUUUUUAAAAACCACUGAAUGAACUGGACCAAGGGCAACAGGGUUCCAAAAGCAGGGUUGGUUUACACAGAAUUUGACAAUGUUGAGGUACAUGCACAGCCAAUUCAGGGCGGGCUAUAGCCACACAGCAUCAUCUUCGAUAUUGUUGACUCAUGUGUUUUUGCUAAUGACUCAUACACAUAUGUGUUUUAAUGGAGAGGGGACAUUGAGAUCUCAAGGGCAUUGUAUUUUCCUUCUUUGCUGUGUGCCAUUAUCAUCAUCUAAUUUGUUGGUAUGACUUUAGAAUACGGUUCACUCAUUACCCACCAAUGCAUGCCUAAUGACUGUCUGUAGAAGGCAUGUGUUAAUGAAGCAAAAUCAAUCAUUCCUUAGGUGUGCAUUCCCAAAAAAAAUCUUAUUUGGUACCAAUAAGUUCUCUAUUACUGAUAUCAUAGUAAUAAGGCAUUUAUUACUGAUAUCAUCAUAGUAGGGCCUU